ACGAGCUUUCAUUUGGUAUAAAAUUCAUUAUAUACUCCUCCUUGCAAUAACACUAUUUCCUAUAAGUAUCAACUCGGCUGCUCACGCCCAUAUAUAUAUGUUGUAGGGCAGAUUGAAAUGCAGUUGAGUUUAAAAUUGUCCUAGUUCAGAUUGAAAUUUUGAUUUGAACUAGCUUAGAUUAAAACGAUUACCUAGUAAACUAGUUCAGAUUAAAAUUUUGAUUCGAGCUAGAACAAAAUGAAAUUUUGACCUGAACUAUUCAAAGCGAACUAGUUUAGAUGAAAUUUUUGUUCUGAACUAAUUCAGAUUGAAAUAUAGAGACAGUGUGACUGUUUUACACUGACGAACAAUAUACUUGCUCGACGUGGAUAAAACAUUUUAGAUGUUACCAAAUAAUUUACAACUGAUUUUAAGAAGCAUUCAAGCCCCGCUAACUGUACAAGAACAUAUCAGUGGAAGAUUCUGGAUACGGAUCUUCUUAACCCAGAUGAAAUUCAUUCUAUCUAGUCUUCAUCAUUCCGAUUGAUUCUUAUCGAAAUUCAUAGGAGUUUUAAUAGAGGAAUUCUCUUAGUCGGAUCCUAGUCAUUUUUCUUGUUAGACUCGACAGCCAACUUAAGCAUCUUAGGAAAGAAUAAAAUAACUGCAGAGAGAGUAGAAAAACAUUUUUCAUCAUGGAUAGUUCUUUGAAAAACUACCAAGUAUUUGCCUGUGACCAGAUAAUAUAUAACAACUAAAAUCUAUCCAUUUUACUGGGAACUCAAGUUGUAUUCCCAAUAUCUAAAAAGAGAUGAAAAUGGUGGAAAAAUCUUCUCAGCCAGACUCGACAUAGCAUCAGCAUCUACUCUGGCGUUAAAUGUAGGAAAAGAACUAAAAGCAUUUGAAUAAGAGCUGAGUAUAGCAAAACGCUGUCGUGACGGCGAUCCUAAAUCUACAACUUGUUUACUAGUAUAUUUUCGGUACUUGUUUGCUGUCGCCCCGCGAAAAUUUUUUACUUUUUUGAACAUUAUCUUAUCUUUUAGCUUGUGGGUGUGGGUUUGUGGAUAUAGAUGUGUGGGUGUGUUGGGGUGUGUCGGUGUGAAUGUAAGUGUGUGGGUGUCAUAAAACGUUAAAAGAUACGAUAAUAAUCAAAAAAUUAAAAAAUUUGUCGGGGCCAUAACAAAUAAGUACCUGUUUUUCUUUUUUAUUAAGUUUUUGACAUUAAAAGAAGUCCUAUUUUUACGAUCAACAGAGAACUGUUUUUGAUAGAAACGUAACAUAUUUCGAAUAUUUCAAUUCGUUGUCUCUAUAUUUCAGCCUGACCUAGUUUAGAACAAAAUUUCAAUCUGAACUAGUCCGCUUCGAAUAGUUCACAUCAAAAUUUCAUUUUGUCCUAGUUCGAAUCAAAAUUUUAAUCUGAACUAGUUCACUUGGUAAUCGUUUUAAUCUCAGCUAGUUCAAAUCAAAAUUUCAAUCUGAACUAGGACAAUUUUAAACUCAACUGCAUUUCAAUCUGUCCUACGACAUAUUAUAUUCAUACUCAUAAAUUACAUCUUUCAUAAGACUAAAAAAAUUCAUUAUUUCUAAGAGAAUGAUUACCGUAAUCUGUGUAUUUCUCUUUCCAAGAAAAAAAGAACUUUAUUUAUUUGUAUUAAUGAUUUAUUAAUUAGGAUGACUUACAUUUCAAUAGAUUCAUAUAAUCUCUGAAGGUAUUUUAACUCUAUGAAAAAUCUUUUCUAAAAGCCACUAAUUCAAAUAUACGAUCAAAGAUAGUCGAAAAAAAACACGUUUUUUUCAAUCAUGCAUUUGCAUUAGCAAAUCGAUAAUAUGUAUGUAGUACAAAACAAAAAAGAAGAAAAUCUUUCAAUAGUUAUUUUGUGAUAAAUAGAGUAAUAAAGAAAACCAAAAAGAAAAUAAAAUAAAUAACUGACUUUGAUACAGUUAGCUCCACUAUCAAAACAAAAAAAUUCGGAAACGAACCAAACAUUGGAACGAUGUUGAUUUUGCAAAAAUUCAAAUGAACUUUUCACUUUUUUCUCUCAAUACUCUCACUCUUAUUUUAUUCUCUUCUUUCUCUCUCUAUUUCAGUCCAUCCAUUACGUGGAAGUUCCAUUGAUAUUCAUCCAAAUGCUCGAUGGCAACAGAGUGGCAUCACUGUAGCUGGAGGAAGUCGACAAGCCAAUGGAAUCAAUCAACUCCCAGACCCACGGGGUUUGUAUGUUGAUGAUGAUCAAACAAUCUAUGCUGCUGAUCGAGCGAAUCAUCGUAUUGUGGAAUGGAAAUGGGGUGCAACGAGUGGCCAAGUGGUUGCAGGUGGAAAUGGACAAGGAAGUCUAGAUCAUCAAUUAUUUAUCCCAAUAGAUGUGAUUGUCGACAAAGAGAGAGAUAGUCUCAUCAUCUCCGAUUAUGUGAAUAGAAGAGUGGUUCGAUGGCCUCGUCGAAAUGGAACAAGUGGAGAAACAAUCAUCUCCAGCAUCGAUUGUUUGGGUUUGACAAUGGAUGAGAAUGGAUCUCUCUAUAUCGUUGAUGGUGUAAAAAAUGAGGUGAGACGAUAUCGAAGAGGAGAAUCUCAAGGAAUAGUGGUUGCAGGUGGCAAUGGAAAAGGAGAUCGUCUCAAUCAAUUCUCUAACCCACAAUACGUAUUCGUCGAUCGAGAUCAUUCAGUAUAUGUGUCUGAUUUGGGAAAUAAUCGUGUGAUGAAAUGGAUGGAAGGUGUAAAAGAAGGCAUUGUUGUGGCUGGUGGUCAAGGACAAGGAAAUGGUCUUACACAAUUACCAUAUCCUGAAGGAGUCGUUGCCGAUCAAUUGGGCACUGUCUAUGUGGCUGAUAGAUGGAAUAAUCGAAUCAUGCGUUGGUCCAAAGGAGCCACACAAGGAAGUGUCAUUAUUGGUGGAAACGGUAGAGGAGACCAAUCGAACCAACUCAAUCAGCCCUUCGGUUUGUCAUUCGAUCGAGACGGCAAUCUCUAUGUCGCCGAUACUGGAAAUCAUCGAGUACAAAAAUUCAAUAUCGAAUCCAAUAAGUAAAGGACAUUGAAAUCAAAAAAGAAAAUUUUUUUAUACUGUCAACAUCGCAGUCAUCCUAUAGAUAGAAGUGACGACGGAAUUCUUCAAAUUCUUCAAAAAAAUAUAAUAAUAAAAUGUACUAUAAUUAUAAACGAAAUAUAUAUCUGACUAACGUAGGAUAUCUUGAAGCUGGAUUCGAGUAUUCCGCAACGGGAUUCGCCUAUAGGUUAGACCAAAAGCUGAAAAGGUAGACAAAGAUAGAUCUCGAUGAGCUCUAUCGAUUCCAGUAUUUACUUUUCUCCGAUGGCCUCUCCUUCCUAGAGAAAAACCUAGGGUGUGGGUGUGGGUGUGGGUG